UACAUCACGGGCAAUUUCCGAACCGUAACGCAUCGAGCAACUCUUGACCGUUCAACCUACUCACAAAUACUUCAUGGCAAGCAUAGUCUCGAGUCCUCCCAGGCCAGAACAUUCAGCUCCGCAAACAAGCAAUACCCAACCUUGCGUUCAAAGUGCCGCAGUCUCUGGCGCUAUAGCGGGAGAUGAGCCAGGCUUGUUCACACCGCGAGCGAAUCCCCAGCCUGAAGUUUCCACUUAUGAUGCAUAUGCGUUCGAUCGGCGUCCUCUGAUUCGGUAUUCGCGGCGCGUUCUGCUGCAUCUGUCCAAGUCCCCACUUGUCGCAUUACCUCCCAAUAUGCCUGAAUUCAAUAUGUGUGAGUGGACCGAACCGCACGUCAAGAAGGACGAUCAUUCGAGCAGUACAACCUCGCCCUCCUCGAAUCGACACAGAGCGCGACGGGAGCAAUUAGAUGAUGACACGAGGCACAUGUUCAAAUCCCAAUUUCCUCAGUCCUCUCAGAUGGGUAAUUUCCGUCACCACUCCUCGCGGUUGGAUGACAAAGAACCCGCUUACUGAAUGGUGCCAGCCGUCGGGAUACCGGUUCUCACUCAUCCCGUAAUGGAACGGGCCUUUCCUCGUCAACUGUGCCCAGUUCCAGCAGACGAGGGGAUUCUGACACCCUUGCGGGGAGGGAGAGACGAGAACCAACUCGAGGCGAAAGAAGCGAAGAUUGGAGACGAGGCACAGAACGUCCGUCAGAGGCUGAAGCAGAUAUUAACGAUUCAAGGAGGGAAAAGCUUGGGGAUCGC